CGCGCGCGCCGUGUGGCUGCCCGAAGUGCAGCCUGAAUGGUCGCGUAGCGAUGGCGGCCGCUACCUGUAGAAAGAGCCUCCCAAAAAAAAAAAAAUACAGCCACGAUCUUGUACAGAGAAACGGGGCAGCGUGAUUCUGCUGCGCUGCCAGGCGGAUCCGAGCGGCUGUAAACGCUCAGGCACCGCUAAGAGCAGCCCCGGCUGAGCCUGAUGUGGCAUCGACCGCGCCAGCUGCACCCUAAGAUGGCGGCGGCCACGGCGUCGGGCCCGAGGAGGGAGGGAGGUGGCGCGGCCGCCUCAGCGCUGAGCAUGGAGCGGAUUCAGUCGCUCACCGACCUGGCAGAGCUGGAGGCCGCAUACAGCCGGCUCUGUGAGGAGGAGAAAGUCGUGCAGGAAGAGCUGGAUGCCCUCCUGGAGCAGCAAAGUACUAUAGAGAACAAGAUGGUUGCACUUCAUCGCAUGGGCCCUAACUUGCAGCUCAUCGAGGGGGAUGCCCAGCAGUUGGCAGGGAUGAUCACCUUCACCUGUAACCUGGCUGAGAAUGUUAGCAGUAAAGUCCGCCAGCUCGACCUGGCCAAGAAUCGACUCUAUCAGGCCAUUCAGAGAGCUGAUGACAUCCUUGACCUGAAGUUCUGCAUGGAUGGAGUUCAAACAGCCCUGCGAAAUGAAGAUUAUGAACAAGCAGCAGCUCAUAUCCAUCGUUAUCUGUCUCUGGACAAAUCAGUGAUUGAGCUCAGUCGUCAGGGCAAGGAAGGGGGCAUAAUUGAUGCCAACCUGAAGCUCUUGCAGGAAGCAGAACAGCGCCUGAAGACAAUUGUCACAGAGAAGUUCGAUACAGCUAUGAAGCAGGGAGACCUGCCCCAGGUGGAACGGUUCUUCAAGAUCUUUCCUCUGCUAGGCUUACAUGAAGAGGGGCUGAGCAAGUUCUCAGAGUACCUCUGCAAGCAGGUGGCCAACAAAGCAGAAGAGAACCUGCAGCUGGUGAUGGGGACGGAUAUGAGUGACCGUCGAGCUGCUGUCAUCUUUGCGGACACGCUGACACUCCUCUUUGAAGGGAUUGCUCGCAUUGUGGAGACCCACCAGCCCAUUGUGGAGACCUACUAUGGGCCAGGGAGGCUCUACACCCUCAUCAAGCACCUGCAAGUGGAGUGCGACAGACAGGUUGAGAAAGUGGUGGACAAGUUCAUCAAAGAGAGGGACUAUCACAGGCAGUUCCAGCAAGUUCAAAAUAGCAUGAUGAGAAGUUCUUCUGCAGAGAAGAUUGAACCAAGGGAACUUGACCCUAUUUUAACAGAAGUCACUCUGAUGAAUGCCCGCAGUGAGCUCUACUUGAGGUUCAUCAAGAGACGAAUAAUAGCUGAUUUUGAGGUGGGAGACUCCAUGGCCUCAGAGGAGGUAAAGCAAGAGCAUCAAAAAUACUUGGACAAGCUCCUCAACAACUGUCUGUUGAGCCGCACCAUGCAAGAGCUCAUUGGCUACUACAUCACCAUGGAGGAAUACUUCAUGAGGGAGACAGUCAACAAGACACAGAUCUUCCAGCACUAUGGGCUACUGAAAACUAGGAUGAGUUUUGCCAGCCCACUAACGGCUGUUGCCAUGGACAGCUACGAGAAGGGCCAGCUCACCUCCAGCAUGGUGGAUGAUGUGUUUUAUAUAGUGAAGAAGUGCAUUGGACGUGCUCUGUCCAGCUCCAGCAUAGACUGUCUCUGUGCCAUGAUCAACCACUCCACCACCGAGCUGGAAUCUGACUUCAGGGAGGUUCUGUACAACAAGCUGAAGCAGGGCUUUCCAGCCACGACCUUCCAGGAUUUCCAGAGAGGGGUGACCAGUGCCGUGAACAUCAUGCACAGCAGCUUGCAGCAGGGCAAGUUCGAUACCAAAGGCAUUGAAAGCACCGAUGAGGCAAAGCAGUCCUUUCUGGUGACCUUAAACAAUGUGGAAGUCUGCAGCGAAAACAUCAUGACCCUAAAGAAGACUUUGGAGAGUGACUGCAGCAAACUGCUUAGCCAAGGCUUCGGGGGUGAGCAAGCGCAGGCCAAGAUUGACAGCUGCCUCUCUGACAUGGCUGCUGUCUCCAACAAAUUCCGUGACCUGCUGCAGGAAGGUCUCAAUGAGCUGAACAGCACAGCCAUCAAACCACAGGUGAAGCCCUGGAUCAAUCUGUUCCUCUCCGUCUCCCACAACAUCGAGGAGGAGGAGUUCAGCGACUAUGAGGCUAAUGAUCCCUGGGUCCAGCAGUUCAUCCUCAAUCUGGAACAGCAGAUGACAGAGUUCAAGGCUGGACUGUCUCCAGUGAUUUACGAUACCCUCACUGGUCUUAUGACCAGUCUCAUAGCUAUUGAACUGGAGAAAGUGCUGCUCAAAUCCACCUUCAGCAGGCUCGGUGGUCUGCAGUUUGACAAGGAACUGAGGUCCCUCAUAGCCUAUCUCACCACAGUCACCACCUGGACUAUCCGCGACAAGUUUGCCCGGCUUUCCCAGAUGGCCACCAUCCUCAACCUGGAAAGGGUGACAGAGAUUCUGGAUUACUGGGGCCCGAACUCGGGCCCACUGACUUGGCGGCUCACUCCUGCCGAGGUCCGGCAGGUGCUGGCUCUCCGGAUUGACUUCCGCAGCGAGGACAUCAAGCGCCUGCGCCUGUAGCUGGGCAGGGGGUAACAGCAGGAAGGAUGCAGCCUGGCUGAUGGACAGUGUGGGGAUGGGAUGCUGUGUGCCCUUCUGCUCGUGUUCCUUGGAGCAAAGGGCUUUCUUGGGCUGGGGAAGAAUAGCCACCAUCCUUCUGUGGGAGCAGAAACAAGGCAGCAGUCUCUCACGUAGAGAGCAGUGUGAUGCUAUUUCUCAAGACAUGAGCUAGUUGCAGGGACCAGCUUGUGCCAGCUCCCGGCUCCCUUCUGCUGCGCUGUGGGAGGAGGCAGGUCAGGGAAUUUGGGGCUGUUGUAGAGUGGUUCAGACAUGGGGCUGCACAGAGUGCUCUGGCUGUGCUACUGGCCACAGCUGGGUUCCUUCCGUGCCACCAGUUUAAGGGUCAGCUACUGGAGUCCUGCACAUCUUGAGCCCUGGCUCUCUCCCGCUGGUGAUGGAGACUGUUCUGGAAUGAUUUCCUUAGGGGGAGGGUGCUUGGAAAAUCCCUAGAAAGCCACUGUAGGAAGCAGGGCUGUGUCUGUGCUGACUUGCUGUGCCCUGGACAGCUACUCUGUAAAUAAACCUCACCUGGUUGAGCAGCAACAUCA